CAAACCCCCGAUCUUCGGCAGCUUAAGGGCAACAAUCUCGCGAGUCAGGACACUCCCUGUGAUCCAUUCAUGUAGUGUACCUCUCGUACGAAGAUAACUGGAUUCUACCCUCCUCGUUCAUAUUAUACCUGCUCUUGAUAAUACCGAACAAUGCUGUCUCCGCAAAUUACCUCUACCUUCCACGUUCACAGUGGACAAAGCCACCUUAAGUGGUCAAAGGCCAUCGCCCCCGUAUUAACCGUCGACUCAAAUGAGGUUGUAACCUUCGAUACUAUCGAUGGAAGCAAUGGUCAAAUUACGCCAAGCUCGACCGUGGAAGAUGUCCUAAGCUUCAAGGCCGAACUGGCAGACCCCCUCUUCGGACCCGUGUAUGUACGCGGCGCUGAGCCAGGAGACACUCUCGAAAUUGAGGUUUUGGAGUUAAAAACUGCAGACUGGGGCUGGACAGCAAUUAUACCUGGUUUUGGACUCCUUACAGAUGAGUUCCCGGAGCCACAGUUGAAGAUCUGGAAACUUGAUCCCAACGAUUCCUCUGCGACAUUCAAGGAAGGCAUUCGCAUUCCUACUCAUCCCUUUCUUGGUGUUAUGGGGGUAGCUCCGGGCGAGGGAGAAUUUCCCACUAUUCCACCGCUCGACACAGGAGGCAACAUCGAUACCCGCCACAUUAUAGCUGGAACAAAGCUUUUUCUGCCCGUGAAGGCACCCGGUGCAUUAUUCAGUUGCGGUGAUGGCCAUGCAGCUCAGGGCGACGGAGAAGUUUGUGGAACUGCUAUUGAGACUCCCAUGCAGGUGAAGUUACGACUCACAGUUAGGAAGGACAUGAAAUGGGUCAGCUCUCCCAAUUAUUCUUCUCCUUCGUCAGCCCUCACAUUGGCUGAAGACCGAGGAUAUUAUGCUGUUCUUGGCAUUGAUUCAGAUCUACUGGAAGCUGCUCGCAAGGCAGUUCGCGGUAUUAUCGAAUACAUGAUGCAAACAAAGAGUCUGAGCCGUGUGGAAGCAUAUAUGCUUGCUAGCGUUUCCAUCAGCCUCAGGGUUUCAGAAGUAGUGAACGUGCCUAACUACGCUAUUUCAGCUAGCAUACCACUAAAUAUCUUUACGCAAGCUUCUUAAUAAGUCCUAUUCAUCUCACCGCUAGGCAUAUGGGAGCUUGACAUAGGCUUAACGUGGAGAAGGACCGACGAUAUUCGGCAAUUACUAGCAGUUAUUAUUUUUUUUAUUUUUUUUUAAAAAAAGAAUUGAUGGUAUAUACAAAGAGAUUAAAAAUAACGAAACUAAGACAAAAGGCGCACACUUCAGACCUAAGCAAGAGAAACGCAUUUCAAGAGCAAAUACAGACAUGUGAGAUAUUAUAUGUUUCCAUAGUUUAC